AUGCAGACUGCAAUCUUCACCACCCUCUUCGCCCAGCUCUGGCUAGCGCUCCUGGCGAACGCCGCCCCCAUUGCUGAGGAAGUUGUCACCGCGACUGGACACGGCAACGCAUGGCAGUACGGCACCGGCGGUGGGAUCCUGGGGCUUGCUGUUCUGAUCCUCGACAUCAUCGUGCUCCUCGAGGUCUUCAAGUCCAACCGCACACCCGCCGGCAAGCUGAUCUGGGGCCUGGUCGUGUUCCUCUUCCCCGUCAUCGGCCUCAUCGUCUACUGGCUCUUUUCGGACCGCGCCGGCCACAACGCCGGGUACGAGCCCGUAGCGUAA